UGGUUCUUCCUGAGGUCUGAGCACCUUCUAAACUACAUCCAGAUCUGUUUUCCCUGCAGAUUCACGAAGAUGAGCAUCCGGACUCCACCCAGACUCCUGGAGCUUGCGGGGUGGAGCCUGCUGAGGGACAAAACCUUGGCCAUCUCCACCCUGGAGGAGCUGCCCAUGGAACUUUUCCCCCCACUGUUCAUGGAGGCCUUCAACAGGAGACGCUGUGAGGCCCUGAAGCUGAUGGUGCAGGCCUGGCCCUUCCACCGCCUCCCUCUGAGGCCUCUGAUGAAGUUGCCUUGUCUGGAGGCCUUCCAUGCUGUGCUCGAUGGGCUUGAUGCACUGCUUACCCACGGGGUUCGUCCCAGGAGGUGGAAACUUCAAGUGCUGGAUUUACAGGAUGUCUGUGAGAACUUCUGGAUGGUUUGGUCUGAAACUAUGGCCCAUGGGUGCUUCCUCAAUGCCAUGAGGAAUAAAAAACCAGUGCAGGACUGUCCAAGGAUGAGAGGACAGCAGCCCUUGACUGUGUUCAUAGAACUUUGGCUCAAGAACAGGACUCUGGAUGAAUACCUCACCUGCCUCCUUUUCUGGGUCAAGCAGAGGAAUGAUUUACUACACCUGUGCUGUAAGAAGCUGAAAAUUUUGGGAAUGCCCUUCCACAAUAUCAGAAGCAUCCUGAAAAUGGUGAACCUAGACUGUAUCCAGGAGGUGGAAGUGAAUUGCAAGUGGAUACUGCCCAUCCUGACACAGUUUACCCCAUACCUGGGCCAGAUGAGGAAUCUUCAGAAGCUCGUUCUCUCCCACAUGGAUGUCUCUCGCUACGUUUCCCCAGAGCAGAAGAAGGAGAUUGUUACACAGUUCACCACUCAGUUCCUCAAGCUGAACCACCUCCAAAAGCUUUAUAUGAACGCUGUUUCUUUCCUUGAAGGCCACCUGGACCAGCUUCUCAGCUGUCUGAAGUCCUCGUUAAAGAUCCUUGCAAUAACUAACUGUGUGCUUUUGGAAUCAGACUUGAAGCAUCUAUCCCAGUGCCUGAGCAUCAGUCAACUAAAGACCCUGGACCUGAGUGGCGUCAGACUGGCCAAUUUCAGUCUUGUGCCUCUCCAAAUUCUCAUAGAAAAAGUUGCAGCCACCCUUGAGUACCUGGAUUUAGAUGACUGUGGCAUCGUAGACUCCCAAGUCAACGCCAUCCUGCCUGCCCUGAGCCGCUGCUUUGAGCUCACCACCUUCAGCUUCUGUGGAAAUCCCAUCUCCAUGGCCACCCUGGAGAACCUGCUGUGCCACACAAUCAGACUCAACAACUUAUGCUUGGAGCUGUAUCCUGUCCCACGGGAGAGCUAUGAUGCUGAUGGUACUCUCUGCUGGAGCAGAUUUUCCCAACUUAGAGCUGAACUGAUGAAGAGAGUGAGGGACUUAAGGCAUCCCAAGAGGAUCUUGUUCUGUACUGACUACUGCCCUGACUGUGGCAACAGGUCAUUUUAUGACCUGGAGGCAGAUCAGUGCUGCUGUUGA